CAAUAGACCGUUUUAUGAACAUUCAAAUUUAUGGAUGUUUCUUUCCUAGGGACCUCGUGAUGAGGUAUUCCAUUAACCUGUUAUUAAUGAAUGAACUACAGUACUUGGAAUCCAGUCUGCAUGCAUUACUUGUUGCUGUGUUGGGAUAUUUAACAUAAUUCAUCCGGGGGUUGCCUACGCUGCGAGACCAAGAUGGACGCCGUGAUGGACAAGGCCAAUGAGACCUACAACUUCUACCUCUACACACUGACGUUCAGUGAUCCGAGAGUAAAGGACUGGUUAUUCAUGGAGAGCCCCCUCCUGACCCUCGUCAUCACUGCCUUAUACCUCGUCAUGAUCCGGACGGGGCCCAAGAUGAUGGAGAACCAGAAGCCGAUGGAACUCAAGAACUCCAUGAUCCUUUACAACUUCGCCUGCGUUCUCCUGUCAGGUUACAUCGUCAUAGAGGGUAUAUACUCUGGGUACAAGGCAGGCUACAGCAUAAGCUGUCAACAAGUUGUCCAUAGCUAUGAGGAAUACGAGCACAGGAUCGCUAAAGUUCUGUGGUGGUUCUACUUCUCCAAGUUCUUUGAGAUGCUGGAUACCACCUUCUUCAUUCUGAGGAAGAGGAACAACCAAGUCACAUUCCUCCACGUCUACCAUCAUGCCACCAUGUUUGUGCUCUGGUGGAUAGGCAUCAAGUGGGUGGCCGGAGGGCAGGCCUUAUUUGGAGCCAUCCUGAACUCCUUCAUCCACGUAGUGAUGUAUAGCUACUACUGCCUAGCCGCCAUGGGGCCUCAGUUCCACAAGUACCUCUGGUGGAAGAAGUAUCUCACCAUCUUGCAAUUUGUCCAGUUCUGCCUCGGCAUGGCCCACGCCAUCAACUCCCUCUAUGUCCAGUGCCCGUUCCCCCUCUGGAUGCAAUACGGCCUCAUCGGCUACGCCACCUCCAUGUUCCUCCUCUUUGCGAACUUCUAUCUCCACGCCUACGUGAAGGGCGAGCGCCUCCCCAAGGCCCAGCUGAAGCUCAACCGCGCCUCAGAGAAGAACGGCGUUAAAGGGGAAGGGGCGAAGAGCAGCGUGAAGAGGAACGGUGUUGAGAACGGCCGCGGCAAAGGGAAGAGUAUAGCGGAAAACAAGAAAGUCAAGUAAAGCACACUUUAGGUAUAAUUAUUGCAUUGUAGUCCCGUAUGUAGAUUAUUAUGCAGUGUUUCACUAUUUAUUAUCCCAUGAACGAGGGGGAAGGGGCAAAGAACGCCGUGAAGGGGGAUGGUGUUCAGAACGGGCAAGGGAAAGGGAAGAGUAUAGCAGAAAACAAAAAGUUCAAAUAAACCACGGUGUAGGUAUAAUUUUUGCAUCCUGUAGUUCCGUAUGUAGAUUAUUAUGCGGUGUUUCACUAUUUAUUAUCCUAUUAAUGAUUAAUAAAGCCAACUAAAAUUGCCUAUUAAUGUAUCAUUAUCCCAUGUACGGACACUUUGUAUAUGAAAUGUGAAUUUUAGGUGUACUAGCCUUGCACAAAUACUUCUAAACCCAGGUGGUUGUAAAACAUUGCAUAUGCAUUUUCAAUGAAAAA